AUGGCCUCCUCAAAGCGCUGGCCAGCGCCCAUUCACGUCUUCUCCUACCGCGCCCUGCUCGUGGUGCCCAUCAUCCUCGCCAUCGCGACCUUCGCGUCGCUCUUCAUCCACUCCGAUGUCAACGUCGCCCUCCUCUACUCACAAUGCGAUGCCCGGGCUCGCUUGCCGGCCGUCAGCAAGGUUCCCGUUCUCGGCCCGCCCGUCUGCUUCGCCAUAAGCUUCUUCCAGAGCGCGCUCGAUUCCAUGCGGACCUUCGCCAGCAUGUCCGCCAUCCUGUCCUUCAUCGCCGGCCUCAUGACCGUCACUACCAUCGAGGCCGCACGCGUCUGUAACGCGCCCAAUGUCGUGAUUGCGAAUCCCACUGGUCCCUGGCUAGUUUUCAACCUCAUCGGUGGAGCUGUGGUCUGGCAACUCGUCAUCCUACCCGCCUUCUUCCACCGCUCGCGAUCCAUCCUGCUUGCUCGGAAGAAGGCCGGACAGGAGGCCGUUGAGAGCGCCGCAUCCAAGGAUCCCGACUUUGGCAAGGACUCGCGCCAUCUAGUUGUCGAUGCGGAAAUCAUCGCCAUCCCCGUCAGCGUCGCGUGGGGCUUCAUUCUGCCCUCCCUCCUGAUGCUCAUCUACAACUCCCCGGUCAUCAUCGUCGUCUGGCUCUUCUUUCCUGUCUGGGUGUCAUUGAUCCGCCAAGCCGUCAGAUGGGCCGUCUUGCGUGUGCAGAAGCGCCAGCACCGCAGCUUCCACCUCGAGUCUCACACGGUCUCGCUUCUGCUCGUCUACCUCAUUCCCAUCCUUUGCUCUGCAGUCUCUCACGUCUACUUCAUCUGGAGCCUGUUCCAGUGGGACGACAGGAAGGAAAUGACACGUGCUACUGUUAAAUUUGUUGAGAUUGACAUGUUCUUCAUCGGCUUGACUGUCCUGUAUUGGCUCUUCGUUGAGACUGGCUGGAAGGUCCCCUUGGUCGCAGUUCUUGGCGCCAUCCCACUCGGACCAGGUGCCGGUAUUUGCAUCGCAUGGAUAUACCGAGAUACCGAGAUUCGUGAGAGUCUGAAGCAGUGGCUUUCUGAUGUUGUUGGAACUCAAGAAGAGGCUAACGAAGAGGGUAGAGCUUCGGCUAGCGAGGAGACACCACUAUUGCAUUGA